CAAAACACGAAGAGGGUUUGGCGGUUGGCGACUAGGCAUUGGGCAAGAGACGAAGCCCGGAGAGCGAGCGACCUCGACGCGGUCGUACGCGGCGCAGAAGGCAGAAUUCCAUUGAAGGACAAUGCGGAGCCAACGGGAGAGAUUUCCCGUCUCCCUCGUCACCUGCUUCCUCCUCCUACCCCUCGCAGUCUUCUUCCACCGCAUCGCUGCUAGCGACUCCGACGCCCAUAUCAAUUGCAGCAGGAGAUGCGUAGCGGAGAACUGCAACACCAUUGGCAUUCGAUAUGGGAAGUUCUGUGGCGUGGGUUGGACCGGUUGCCCUGGGGAGAAACCCUGCGAUGAACUCGAUGCUUGUUGCAAAGCCCACGAUGAGUGUGUUGAGAAAAAAGGUCUGAUGAGUGUUCCAUGUCAUGACAAGUUCAAGCGCUGCAUCGAGAAGGUGAAAAAGACCAACAAGGUUGGGUUCUCCAAAGAGUGUCCCUACGAAACAGCUAUGCCUACCAUGAUACAAGGGAUGGAUAUGGCCAUUUUAUUCAGCCAACUGGGCACACAGGCACGCAAAUCAGAAUUGUGAUUCCAUUUUUUCGGUUUUUGGCAAAUACUAUCUGAGAAUACACAAAUCUCAUCAUUCUUUCUAAUUUAAUGAGGAAGCAUUUUCAUUGUUUUGAUAUAUCCUAUUUGAUUACGUAAAAACGAUUGUGACACUUUUUUUUUAAUUGAAUCAACAUUUUCCUACCUCAAA